AUGAAAGGGACAAACGAACCCUUAAACAUUGUAGAAAUUGAGCUCGCAAGAUUUCAUCUUAUCAAAAACGCUCAAGCCGAUACCUUUCAAGAGGAAAUCUCAACUCUUCUACACUCGCAGCAGGUGAGGCCCACCAGCAAACUAUCAUCCUUGCAUCCUUUCAUGGACGAAAGAGGCUUGCUUCGAGUGGGAGGUCGGCUACGACAUGCUCCUUUAUCCUUUGCACAGAAGCAUCCUAUUCUGUUACCAGCCAACCACGUUCUAGCUAAGAUGUUGAUCGAACGGGAACAUAAGCGACUUCUGCACAUUGGUCCCCAAGCUCUUCUAGCCGCUAUUCGUCAAAGAUAUUGGCCCUUGCGUGGGAAGGAUAUCGUACGAAGAGUUUGUCAUGCCUGUGUGUGGUGUUCACGACGAAGGCCCCGUACUUCCUCUCAAUUGAUGGGUGAUCUACCCGCCGAUCGCGUUACGCCUACUCGACCCUUUUUUUGUUGUGGCGUGGAUUUUGCCGGUCCACUCAUUACCUUGUUAAAUAAGGGCAGAGGACGGAAAACUGUCAAAAGUUACAUCGCCUUGUUCAUUUGUUUCGCUACAAAGGCUAUACACCUAGAAGCUGUCAGCGAUUUGAGUGCCGCUGCUUUUUUAGCCGCCUUACGACGCUUCAUAAGCCGGAGAGGUUGCCCGCGGAAAAUAUAUAGCGACAAUGCCACGAAUUUUAAAGGUGUUCAACGAGAGCUCAGAGAAGCAUAUACCUUUGUUCGACACGAAAUCAAUGGAUCCUUGCAUAAUAAAUUACUGGAAGAAGGCAUCCAAUGGAUUUUCAUUCCACCUUAUUCGCCGCAUUGGGGUGGACUUUGGGAGGCCGGCGUAAAGUCUUGCAAGAACCUUUUAAGGGCCGUUUUGGGAAACUCUGGUUUCACCUUCGAAGAGCUGUGCACUGCCCUCGCGCAAGUGGAACGUUGUUUGAAUUCACGCCCUUUGUACGCACUGUCUAGUGACCCGUCAGAUUUGGAACCGCUCACUCCCGGUCACUUCCUAAUUGGAGGCCCGCUCCAUUCUUUAGCCGAGAGCGACCUUCAAGAUAUUAAUAUUCAUCGCCUUGAUCGUUGGCAGUUGGUCCAGAGAUCCGUUCAAAAUUUCUGGAAACGGUGGGCGGCGGAAUAUAUUGGCUCCUUACAGGGCCGUUCUAAAUGGCAAAAGGCGCAACAAGAUCUUCAAAUUAACGAUUUAGUUAUUAUAAAGGAAGAUCAUGUCCCUUCCUAUCAAUGGAAAUUGGGUAGAGUUAUUGAAUUGCAUCGAGGCAAGGAUGCUCUUGUUAGAUUAGUUUCUGUCAAAACCGCUAGCGGAUCGGUACAACGGCAUAUUAACAAGAUAUGUAAACUACCUGUUACUAAUAAGUAG